GAGAGGGAGAGAAGAAAAUACAACUUCUGUUACCAGUCACUGCUGAAUACGUGAAUGACCCACUCAUGUACACACAAGGCCAGUCGGCUCCUUUCUUAACUGGGUGGAUUGUUUCAGAUUGGAUUGAUAGUUGUCUAUCAGUGAACUGACAGAGAAAAAUGUCACGACGGGACCAGAGGUUUCGGAGAGGAAUGAAAGGAAGGUGUUGUGAAUGUAGCUGCACCCUUACUCACUGGUACUAUGAAAAAGAGGAACAGUUCUACUGUAAGAAGCACUACUGGGCUCGGUAUGGAGAGCAGUGCCACGGCUGCAAGGAGACCAUCAUAAAUGGACUUAUAAUGGUUGCUGGAGAGCAGAGGUACCACCCUGAAUGCUUCAGUUGUAUGCAGUGUAAAAGGCUCAUUGGAGAUGGAGACACCUACAUGCUCAUCGAACGCUCCGAACUGUACUGUGGUUCCUGUUUCCCUAAGGGUGUAGUAUCAGCUGUGAGGUCGACUACUCGGCUGACUAAGAGACCCCACAUGGUGGCGCUGGUGUCUCUCCCUCCCCUAGAAGGCAGCCAACGAGGCCUGACUGUAGCCACCGACUUGAGCCAAGAGAAAGGCUCUCUCGUCACUGUGACAGAGUUAGACUCAGCGGUCCUCAGCCCUGACCUGCUGUCCUAUGUCCACAUUGGGGACCACAUACUGGAGGUCAACGGCAUCCCAGUCCGCAACAUUUCCCCAGACGAGAUAAACCGUGUGAUCAAGGACACAAACAGACCACUACACCUGACAAUUGAACACAUCCCACUUUCUUCUGACAAUCAUCCUCAAUCUGCCAGUGUCCAGGACGACAUCACCUGUCCUGACCCCUGUGUCCGUGACAAACUUACUUCAACACACAAACUGCCAAGUCUGAAGGAGGAGCCAAGUCUGGGAGAGGAGACAGAUGAACCAAUCAGGAUGAGUAUCUCACCAUCUCGUAACCAAGGAGGCAUGGGAAUGCGAUCCAGAAACAUCCUGCGCAGCUGUAGUAUAGAUAAGUGUCCCUUAUCCCCCCGAGCACUGUCAGUUUUAUCUCAGAAGAGAGACAUGAUUCGCUCAGAGUCUCUACGUGUGGACCCUGGAGAACGGACCCAUCGCAUCUUCAGACCUUCAGACCUUAUCCAUGGAGAAGUGCUUGGCAGGGGCUGCUUUGGACAGGCUGUCAAGGUAACACAUCAGGAGACUGGGGAGGUGAUGGUGAUGAAGGAGUUGAUAAGUUUUGAUGAAGAGACACAGCAGACUUUCUUAAAGGAGGUAAAGGUGAUGCGCUGUCUGGAUCAUCCCAAUGUUCUCAAGUUCAUUGGGCUAUUUUAUAAAGACAAACGAAUAAACUUCGUCUCUGAAUACAUCCAGGGGGGAACUCUCCGAGAGACCAUCGUGAAAAUGGACGAGGAUUUCCCCUGGAGCAUAAGAGUGAGUUAUGCCAAAGACAUUGCGGCUGGAAUGGCAUAUCUGCACUCCAUGAAUGUUAUCCACCGAGAUUUAAACUCAUACAACUGCCUGGUCAAAGAGAACCAGUCUGUGGUUGUGGCAGAUUUUGGUCUUGCCCGGUUAGUGGUGGAGGAGAGGAAUCAGAGCAAAACAACCUCUUUGGAACGGCCAGCAAAGGGGACACUGUCAGAGCUCCGGAGGCCUGACCGGAGGAAGCGGUACACCGUCGUAGGAAACCCCUACUGGAUGGCCCCUGAGAUGAUCCAUGGGAAAAGCUAUGAUGAACGGGUGGACAUAUUUUCCUUUGGUAUCAUGAUAUGUGAGAUCAUAGGUAAAGUGAGUGCCGACCCUGACUACCUCCCCCGGACAAAUGACUUUGGUCUAAAUGUACCUGAGUUCCUGCAGCAGUACCACCCUCCACAGUGCCCUCAGGCCUUCCUGCCGCUGGCUGUGCGCUGCUGUGACAUGGACUCUGAAAAACGUCCAUCCUUUUCAAAGCUUGAGGAGUGGCUGGAGAACCUGCUGAUGCACCUUGACAUCGGCCUACCUAUGCUCUCCGAGUUAGAGCAGCUCCACAGGGAUUUCUGGCAGAACCACAACCACCAAAGCCACUUUCACAAUCAGGACGAGACCCUUAACUCUCAUCAACAAACCCACUCUUCAAAGCUACACAGAGAGAGCCCGGACGCCACACAAUCUUCAGACAAUGGAAAUAACCACAAAGAGCCUAAUCAGCUUACUCAGAGCGAAGACCAAAAUAGCACACCUAGCAGUCAUUAUGACGGAGAGCAACACAUGCAUGACCAUCAUGACACGAGGACUGAGAAUGGUAACUCCUGCUUGAGCAAAGACUGUAAGGACCACUCACAAAAAGAGCGCCAGAGGUGCUACAGGUCUACAAGCAGAAACUUGGGCAAGGAAAGGUCUGAAACAUAUGAACACAACCUCUCAGGGCAGCCAACCCCUCAGCAUGAGCCCUCACAACCACUGCAGGUCAACAACUCACUGCUAGACUGGUGUAACACACCCAGAAAGACAGUUCUGUGGGAAAACUCUACAGAGGACAGCUCCUUUCUCUGACUGAUUAAUCUAAUGGCCAACACCAGAAAAGUCUACAAUGUCCAGUUUUGAGGGAUAUGCCUUUUCAAACAUAUGGGGGAAAGCUGGAAAAAUCAUGAAGAUGUAGUCUAUGUAGAGGAUUAAUGCAUGGAAAACCUGCAGAAUCAUAAACCUACCAAAAGAAAUUUAAAUGGGAUAAUUUACAUGAGAAACAUUACAUGAUUUGUAUGCAGCUUAAUCACAUCGCCUAGCAUAUGACAUUUGCCUCACAUUGCUCUGCCAGCCAGUAGACUAUUUAUGUUUUAAACUAGAACCCAACCAAUACUGAAUUUUUUAUGCAUCAAUACUUGAGAGUUUAAAGAUGCAGUAAUGGUAUAUUGGUCAGCAUUUAUUUUACAAAAGCACUUAAAAAACAUUUUUGAUGAGGAUUUCUUAAAUUCUUCAAAACUCCUCUGUGCUCUCUCUGGUGGACGGACUAUGUAAUUACAGCACUGUUUCUCAAUAACCCCAAACAUUUUGUUUUAAAUUACUUCAGUUUUUUCUUAAAUUAUCAGCUAAUGUGUGUGGAUAUUGGUAUAGCUACGAUAAGUUAAAAUUGGCUGGCCAAUGUACAGGUUGGGUUCUAGUUUUAACUUACCCCAGAAGCUGUGAAACGCAAUAUAGCACUUAAUAGGUCUACUUUAAGCUACAUUGUAUGGGUCAAUUAUUUAUCAAAAUGUGAAAUGCAUUUUCUGUUAAACAUUUUCAGGUUCAUAUCCAACAGACUGAGCUGUGAAUAUAAAACAACUGUAGUUAACUUAAUAAAGAAAAACAUAAUUUCA